AUGAGUCAUCAUCUUCAGCAUCAAAUGCAAUCACAACUUUUAACAACACCAUUAACGGACAGAUCGAAUACUAUUGUUACGCAAUCAUUGGAUACUGAUAUAAUUAUGGGAAAUACAAUGCCAUCAUCGUUUCUUGAAAUGAACUUGUCAUCAACAACAAAUGGUUUGUCGAAUGAUAUAGAGGCGAAUCGUUCUACUCGUAACAGUUUAACAGAUGACAGUAAUUCUAAUAACAAUAGUUCACAAUGUAAAUCACCACUUUGGCUACCACCAGUAACACCGUAUACACUACUUGGCUUAUUAAAACCUCAUUUAACACAAUCAGGUUUAUUGCCAAAUCCAAAUCAUCCUAGUCAACCGGUUGCCCCACCUGCUCCACCUGCGCCUCCGCCUCCCAAUGCAUUUCCAAUUGCACCUUCUGCCCAACAUAAUUCUAUGCAACAAACAAAUCCUGGAACGACAAUGCUAAGUACAAAAUUAUGUGAAGAUUCAAUAAUGGGACAACAGAGUAAUCUGAAAUCAUCACAACAUCACAUUUCAUCGAUGUCUUCUACAUAUCUUUCCGAGCUUUUAAAUCAUCAAUCACAAACAAAUUGUGGGAAGAAUUCAGUGCAUGGUAAGUUUAAAACCAUUGAUUCCUUAAUGUUGAUUUGUAAUGGUUUACAUUUCUUCUCGACAGUAGUAAUUUAA